AUGAUUACUAAUAAUCCUCAAGAUUUACCUCAAGAUUUAUCAUUUACUGUUGUACGAGAUAUUUCUCGGAUUAAUCAAUGGAAUUCAAUGGAUUGGUUUCGACAAAAUAUAGUUCAAGUUUUUAAUACAGUUUCAUGUAAUGGAACAUUAUUUGGAAAACUUUUAACACAUUAUUUAGAACCAACCAAUUGGAGUCAAGAAGAGAAUCAAGAAUUAGAGAAAAUACUUCGUAGAAAACUUCGAGAAAAUUUAAAAUUAUUUUUUAUUAUACCAAAAAGUAUACCAAAAACAGCAAUAUUACCAGCAAGAGUACCAAAAUAUAUACUUGAAUCAACAAUUAUUGAUUCCAAACGAGCAGCAUUAAUAGCAAGUUGGAUAGAUCGUAAAGAAGAUCCAGAAUAUUAUUUACCCAAAGAAAAUCCUUAUUAUUUUAAAUUAUUAUUAAGAGGAAGUAGAGAUGGAUUUUUUGUAGAAGAUUUUCGAAAAAGAUGUUUUAAUCAAGGAGCAACAGUAAUUUUAAUUCAAACGGAGAUUCAAUCUACAGCAACACCAUCAGCAACAACAUCAUCAUUUAAUGGACAAACAAGAACAGGACAAAUAGUUAUGGGAGGAUAUAAUCCAAAAAGUUGGUCUGGAACAAAUAAAUUUAGUUCAUCAACCGAAAGUUUUAUAUUUUCAUUAUGUAGUGAUUCACAAUCACAAAUUACAACAUUAAGUAGAGUAGUAGCACAUCAUUUUGCAAUAUCUGAUGAUGAUAGUCAAUUUAUUGGAUUUGGAAAUGGGGAUUUAUAUAUUUUUAAAAAUAGUUGUCAAAAGAGAGACUAUAUGUACGCGAUUUUGGAUAGAACCAAAUUUUCUAUGGAUGAAAUUGAAAGUGUUGAAGUACCACUAUUUUUUCGAAAGAUUAGAUAUAUCAAGUAUAUAUGUAUAUUAGAAGAAGUUUGUGUUUAUGCUACAUCUGUACUUAUGUUUUAG